AUGGGGACGGAGGUUUUGAGGCCGCAGGAUUGUUUAGUAGAGAGGUGUCGGGUUUCUCCGGCUGGUUUUUAUCGCCGGAGGAAUUUUUCCGGAUACGGGAUUUCGAUUGCGAAUACGAAGCAGCAACACGGUGGAGGUUAUUAUAAAAAGGCGGUUGUGCGGCCGGAGCAAAAGAAAAAAUUCAACGGAAAUGGGAUGUAUAAGAAAUCAUGGAGCUCGGAGGACUUGAAAUCACGGCACACCGCCGCGCUCGAUGGGAUUGUCAAGGGCAAACUGACGAUUUUGAGAAGAGGGGAAUCAGUGGAUUCCGUGACAAAAAUGAAAAACAAAGCAAAAUCUCAACAAAACCGAACUCCUGUCGAUAAUUUAGCGACUUUCGAAAGUCCGGCAAUGACUCCAAAGCAAAUCCGAGUGGUACCACCGGCGGAGGCGGCGGACAUGUACGCUGGAUCGGCGUUUUCCAUGUCGCCUUCGCCUCGUGCUCUACCUUUACCUUCCUUCUUCAACAACAAGAAGAAGAAACAGGAAGAUGAUGGGUACGCAAAAUUGUUCGAUGAUUCAGCCACAAGAGACUUGAGGCGUUUGCUUCGUCUCGAAUGA